UAUUAGUUGUGGUAUUGCUUAUUGAGUGAAGAAGUUGAUCAUAUCGUGGGUAUAUAGAUACACAUACAGAAAAAAACAUGGCGGAAAAGCAGCAAGAGAUCGGCGGCAUUGCUCCACGGGUAUUUGAGGCGGCGGAAGAUGCAUACGGUGGCGUGACGGUGGAGCUGAGCGAGUCGUCCAUGGAUUCCGGCGACUUUGUCACUGUGCUCAGAGCUUCACUCUCUGAGUGGAGAAACCAGGGGAAGAAAGGUGUUUGGAUGAAACUAUCAAUACAACUAGCCCGUUUCGUUGAUGCUGCAGUUAAGGAAGGGUUUUGGUACCACCAUGCAGAGGCAACGUACCUGAUGCUGGUUUACUGGAUUCCACACACUCCCCACACUAUUCCUUCCAAUGCUUCUCAUCGGGUCGGGAUUGGUGCUUUCGUUAUCAACCAAACUGGCCAAUUGCUGGUGGUUCAAGAAAACAAUGGAGAGUUCAAAGGCAAAGGCGUUUGGAAACUUCCUACCGGCGUAGUUGAACAGGGUGAGGAUAUAUGUGAUGCAGCUGUGAGAGAAGUACGAGAAGAGACUGGGAUUGAUACAGAAUUUGUAGAAGUAUUGGCAUUUAGGCAAAGUCACAACUCAUUCUUUGGGAAAUCAGAUUUGUUCUUUGUUUGCAUGCUAAGGCCACUCUCUUUGACCAUCGAUAAGCAAGACUCCGAGAUUGAAAAGGCACAGUGGAUGGGCAUAGACGAAUAUGCGGCGCAACCGUUCGUGCAGAAACGCGAUCUGUUUAAGAACAUUGCCCAAAUAUGCUUAGCCAAGAAGGACAAAAAAUACACCGGAUUUUCUGCUGUUCCUACGACCACAGGCUUUUCUGCUAAGAACACUUAUUUGUAUUGCAAUCCUGAAUGGAAGAACAUGCUUUGAGCUAAGAGUCUAAGACUACUUUGACUUUGAAUUAAUCAUGUCCUGAAACUACUUUAAUUUGUUCCACCUUUUGUCACAAAGUUUAUCAUCCGUGUUAUAUUAUGUAGUGUGCUCAAAACACAAGUGUGUUAUGUUUGGAUACAAUUAGAGAGAGUAAUAGUUAAAGAAUGCAUGAAAAAAUUGCAUAU